UUCAGCAGUGAAAUGUCCCUUCCUUCCUCUUCAGUCUCACUAAAACACAACUUUUCUUUUAGUCAGAGUCAGAUAACUCAGUAGCAGUGGUCUGGGCAGAAAAAGGAUGUUGACUUCUCUGUGAAACAUACCCAGAAACCUUUUCAGAAUGCCCACAAUUCAACAACCUUUAAGAUCUUCAAAUCUGAUACGUAAGGGAUCAAAACCACGGGCUCAGAUGAAAGCUGGAUCACCAAGUCUGAUUGUCACCAAUCAACCCAUCCACACCAUCUCCACCAUGUCGACCCACACUAAUGCGUCUGUUAAUCCAGCUGCCGGCUUCUUUGAAGACCUGCUGAUCCACCUUCACUUGCCGCGAUGGGCAAUCUACACCAUCUUUGGAGCUGGUGGCCUAAUUAUCCUGCUUUGUUGCUUUUGUAUCUGCAUUAAAUGCUGCUGCAAAAGAAAGAGGAGACAGAAAAAGGAUCAGCAGAUUAUUUUGAAGGGGUUAGACGGGAGAACAGCCACAGCUCUGGUUCAGCCAGACAUGGGGGAUGUUGACUACGGUUCAACCAAACAGUAUAGAGGAAAGCUUCUCUACUCGUUGGGGUACAAUGCCACUCUGUCUGAGCUUACAGUGGGGAUCAAACAAGCUGUCAAUUUGAAAGCAAUGGACUUGGGAGGAAGCUCUGAUCCAUAUGUCAAAGUCUACAUCCUCCCGGAAAAGUUCAAGGUUUUUGAGACUAAAGUCUUCAAAAACACACUGAACCCCUUCUUCAAUGAGCAGUUCACCUUUCAGCUAUCCAAGUCCACCCUUCAGAAGUCCACAGCCGUAAUGAAGGUGUUUGACUUUAAUCGCUUUACCAAACAUGAGAUCAUCGGUGAGCUCAGAGUACAGCUCUGCAACAUCGACUGGAACCAUGUCAUCGAGGAGUGGCAAGACCUUGCAAAGCCUGCCAAGUUUGAGGAAGAAAGCUUGGGGGAGAUCUGCUUCUCCCUGUGCUAUGUUCCAACAAUUAGCAAGCUUACCAUAUUAAUACUCGAGGCCAAAAACCUGAAGAGCAUGGACAUAGGAGGAAGCUCAGAUCCGUAUGUGAAAGUACAGCUGGCUUUGGACAAGAGGAAGUGGAAGAAAAGAACAACAUCUAUUAAAAAGAAAUCACUGAACCCCUAUUUCAAUGAGUCCUUUACUUUUGAUGUGUCAUUGGAUCAAAUACAGAGGGUGAACCUGGUGAUCUCAGUUUGGGACCACGAUGCCAUGACCAGGAAUGACACCAUGGGAAAGGUUUCCCUUGGUUGCGAUUCCACGGGAAAUCAACUGAGGCACUGGGCUGACAUGCUGUCCAACCCGCGACGGCCAGUUGCUCAGUGGCACAGCCUGCUGUCAGCUGAGCAGGUCAAUGCCACCCUUGCACUGAAAAAAACAUUCCCAGUGCCCAGCAAAUUUAAAGAAAAUAAACUGUUAAACAAACAUUUUAAAUAAACAAAAAUGUAAUUUGAAGAAACAUUUAGUGAUGAUAUUGAUUAUCCAGCAGGAACUCAAAUUUGGACAGCAGUUUCAAGCUGAAACUGUGUAAAAAAAAGUGUUUAGAUUUCCAUUGAAAUUAUAAGGGCACACAAAGAAAAUCUCCUUAAAUGGUGCAACAGGACAUGUAGUGUCUCUCUGUGCUGGUCAAUUUUAACCAUAUUUAAGAGUUUUUAUGUGUACAUUUUUGGGAAGUCCUCCCAGGUUUACUAUAUGAAGAAAUAAUUUUAAAAUAUUCAUAUCUCCUGAACCUUUUCACAUUUUAUGAAGGUAUAACCAGAAACUUCAAUGUAUUUUAUUGUGAUUUUAUGUGAGAAACCACCACAAAGUGAUUGAACAGUGGAAGCAAAAUUUGCUGCUUUCAGUUUUUGUUUUUAUUUUUUUAACAAUAAAUCUAAAAAGUGUGUCCUGUAGUGGUAGAACCACAUCUUAAGUCUUUGUAGUAUGUCUCUACUUGCCCAUUCUUUUUUGUAAAAUAGCUCAGACUCAGUCAGAUUGUUUGUAACUCUGACGAGCUUUCAUGCCCCUGCUUAUGUGCUGAUAUUUAACUUUCCUUCCCAACAAGGUAGAGCUUAAUAUAUUAAAAUCUUUUAACUCUUUUA